GGAAGUCCUGUUUUAGGGUCCCUUGAGUUGCACAAUUGCAGGAGCAUCAAGAACAUUGUUAUAGAUUCGACGAGUGUGAAAGAGUUAAUACUCGUUAGUGGCUGGUUAUCUAACUUUGAGAAAAUUUGGGCCCCGCAUUUGCUGUCGCUACGGGUACUGGGGGUUUGGCAUCUUCGUUCCGUGUUCAGACUUGACGACAUAUCUUCUUUGGUGGAAGCCGAGUUAGAUUUUUCAGUGCCUCGUGACGCGAAAGGCUGCCACUUGUUUAAGGUACUUCUUGAGAAGCUGUGCGGAGUUUCUACAAUCACCAUUAGCGAUUGGUGUUUGCAGAUUCUGUCCUCUUUGGAGAUGGAAGGAGUGCCAUGUCCAUUGUCAAAACAUCAGAAUUUGAUACUACGCGCGCCAGUUAGUCAAUGGGAACUUCCCGGGAUAGCAUGCAUGCUACGAAGUUCACGGCGCCUGGAAAUAUUAGUCAUACACCGGACUCGCUCUCGCCCAUUGACGUUUAAGCUUGACGAGGAAUCUAUAGAACGUUUUAACGAAGAUUUUUGGUCACGGAAGGGGAACUUUCAAUGUUUGGCAAAACAUCUCAAGAGGGUGGAGAUCAUUGGUUUUGCUAUUAGUUUUGGGUCGAAACAUCUGCUCGCCCUAAUUAAGUUUCUUCUUGGUGAUGCACUUACACUGGAGAAGAUGAUUAUCGAGGCUGAUUUCCAUGCACAACGUGGACAAAAACAUCUUGAAGCCGCUGAUCUUUCCAAACUACUUGAUGUGAGCCGAAAUGUGCACAGCUAUUGAAGAGCUUCCCAAAA